AUGGGCGGGCAUGCUAGAGCUCUAGAGGCACUUGAGAUAGCCAUCAAAGGUAAAGACUUGGAUAAUUGCAACUUUGCAGAAUUAAUGAAUGAGAUACGUGUGAGACUUGUUGACCGUUAUAGUGAAUGGAAUUUCAUCAUCCCCGAAACAGAAAUCAGAAUUGCAGAACUCUCACAAUUGGGACUGGUUCAGUUUAUGAAUGAUGAGGGAGAAACCGAUCAAGGAUGA